CGCUCCGCGAGACAUCCGCCCAUGGGUCGGCCGCCCCCCACAAUUUUCAGCCGGAACCCGCAUCUCCCCGCAGCCGACCACGCAUCCCUCCAGCCCCAGCCCCAGCCCCAGCCCCAGCCGACGAUCGCAGUCGAAACCCUAGCUCCGGGAAGAGAGGAUGAGGCCCACAGCGUCGGGGCCGGGCGGCGGCGUGGUGAGGCGGAAGGCGGGAGCGGCCGCCGCCGCCGCGGCGGCGAGCCGGGAGUGGCUGGUGGUGCCGGCGUCGGGGCGGGCGCGGAUCGAGGAGGCCGGGAAGCACGCGGUGAUGGCGCGGACGGGGCUGCCGGCGCGCGACCUGAGGGUGCUCGACCCGCUGCUGUCCUACCCGUCCACGAUCCUGGGCCGUGAGCGCGCCAUCGUCGUCAACCUGGAGCGCGUCAAGGCCGUCAUCACCGCCGCCGAGGUGCUGCUCCCCAACUCCAAGGACCCCGACUUCGCGCGCUUCGUCCGCGACCUCCAGGCCCGCGUGCUCACUUCCGCAGACCAGGCUGCAGAGUUUACUGAUAUGGAGGGUGAAUCAUCUGCAAUUGCUUCACCAUUUCCUGCUCCUAGUUCAUCUAAAGGACAUGAACUGGAGAUGGCUAAGAGGACUCCUAAUGCGGUGGGUGGAAUGACUCACAGCAGCAGUGUGCCCACAUUAACUUCUAUGAAAGAUGGAAGCACCAAGAUUUUACCUUUUGAAUUCCGUGCGCUUGAAGUGUGUCUCGAGUCAGCUUGUAGAUCUUUGGAAGAGGAGGUAUAUGGAAUCAUGCCUAUUGUAGAAGCUGUUCUUAAGCUGACUGUGACUCUGGAGAAAGAGGCAUAUCCAGCAUUGGAUGAGCUAACUUCAAAGAUCAGUACCUUGAAUCUUGAGCGAGUUAGGCAAAUUAAGAGCAGGCUGGUGGCAAUCUCUGGACGUGUCCAGAAGGUGAGGGAUGAGCUUGAGCAUCUAUUGGACGAUGAAAUGGAUAUGGCUGAAAUGUACUUGACAGAAAAACUUGCUCGAGAAGAUAUCAGUGAGACUUCAUCUAGAGCUGAGGUUGAUGAUCAUGAUCAUGAUCCAUCUCAGUUGGAGGAGGAUAGGGAUGAGGAUUAUAGAAGUGAGCCAGAAGGAACUGCAAGCAAUGGUAGCUUUAUUGGUUAUAAGCCCAACAUUGAAGAACUAGAGAUGCUUUUAGAGGCUUACUUUGUGCAAAUUGACGGUACACUAAAUAAGCUUUCACAUCUGAGGGAGUAUGUUGAUGACACCGAGGAUUAUAUCAACAUAAUGUUGGACGACAAGCAGAAUCAGCUCCUACAAAUGGGGGUCAUGCUCUCGACUGCGACAGUUGUCAUUACUGCCGGAGUGGCUGUUGUUGGUCUUUUCGGGAUGAACAUCGGCAUAUCGCUUUACAACCCAGUAGGCCCGGAGCAGACGCACGAAGCACAUGUGAAGUUUUGGGAAACCACUUUCGGAACCAUUGCUGGGUGCACGAUUCUCUAUGUAGUCGCCAUGGGUUGGGGAAAGAGAAGCGGGCUGCUGCAAAACCCCACAGAACCCAUUCCCCCUUCCACGCCGUGCCCAAACCGCACUCCGCCGCGCGCGGGGGUGCCUACAAAAGCUGCCCCCUCGAAACGCACCGGAGAGAGAGGACCUGCUCAUGCUCGCCCACCCGCUCCACCUCCGGCUGCUCUCCAAGGACAGCCUCGUCCGGGUGCUCGAGGACUUCAGGUCAGGUACCGGAGCAUCGAUGGCGACCUGGUCGACGUCGUCGGCAAUGCCUGGGCUCUGAGGACCGACCCGGUGCUCCCCACCUGGCAUUCCACCCGGGGCGUCAGCGAGGACGGCGUGCCCGAGAUCGUGGACGCGCUGCGCGAAUUUUUGGACGUGGAUGAUCUCGCCUCCAGCCCCAUCACGACCAUCGCGGUCGCCAGGGCGGCGAGGCUGGCGUUGAUCGCCGAGGAGGUCGGGUGCCCCGAUGUCAUCCCGGCGGUGCACCGGUUCCUGAACGCCGGCCACCGUCACGCCCACUCCUGGCUCGACGGCAGCUUCGAGGGCAAUGGCUUCCUGUACGAUCCCAAGUGGGGCGGCCUCGUCACUCGGCAGGGGAUGACGGACACCGGCGCCGACUUCGGCUUCGGGAUCUACAACGACCACCACUACCACCUGGGCUACUUCGUGUACGCCAUUGCUGUGCUCGCCAAGAUCGACCCGGCCUGGGGGCGCGAGUACAUGCCGCAGGCCUACUCCAUGGUCGCCGAUUUCAUGAGUAUGACACUGCCGCGAGAGGCCGGCGCGAGCUACACCAGGACGUUCGAUCUCUGGAAGCUGCAUUCCUGGACCGGAGGCCUGACGGAGCUCGGCGACGGGCUCAACCAGGAGAGAACCAGCGAGGCCGUGAACGCAUACUACUUCGUGGCGCUCCUUGGGCUGAGCUACGGGGACACGACGCCACUCGUCUCCACCGCGGCCACGCUGACCGCGCUCGAGAUGCUGGCGGCGCAGACAUGGUGGCACAUCAGGGAGGGCGACACGAUCUACGAGAACGACUUCACCGGCAACAACCGCCUCGUCAGCGUCGUGUGGACGAACAAGAGGGACAGCGGCCUCUGGUUCGCACCGCCGGAGUGGAAGGGUUUACGUAUUGAAGUUGAAAUGAACGUUAAGGAUCAGUAA